ACAAAACACUCGAGGAGCACACACAAAUACCAUACUUGUCCUAUCUAUACAACUAUCUAUACAUAUACCCCAAGAGACUGAACACCAAACAACUGAAUAAAAAAAAAAACAAAAACUAAAUCACCAAAAAUCAACGUCGAGAACUGAAGGGAAAAGCAGCUCAAGUGGAGCAGUCGCUCCCAAUUCCAUUCGCCGCACACCCACUGUAUCUAUUUGUGUGUCCCCAAAAAGAACCAAACUAAUCCAUAAUCCGACGACCAGGGAGCUGAAUGCAGUUGCAAAUUAGAUAACCAGGACUGGUUAUUCGAACAUUCGGGGAUUUACCAUAAAACUGGGCUCUUCUAAGACUGCAUAUUAUGCAAGGAAAGUAGAGGAUUCACCAGAGAUCAUCCUUAAUCCCCAUAACCAUGUCCGAAGCUCUCCAGGAGUCGCUUGCCCGCAUCGAACUAUUAUGAAACUCGAAGGUGGAAGGUGCCACACGCACGGCAACGGGCCAGGGUCAGGGGCAGGUAGAGGUGGGGCAGGUGCUGGGACAGGGCCAGGUGGCAGUACAGGUGCCAGUCCAAGUGCCGUUGCAAGGACAAGUGCCACCAAGGGCGACACCGGCGACGGCGGCGGCAACUCAUGCCAGGCGCCGCCAGCUGAUCUCCAUGGCCAAAUGCCGCAGUCGCUCCGUACUCAACGAUGAAACACCAAUGCCGGAGGCAUCCUGUCCAGCUCCUGCUCCAGCUCUUGCGAAUCCUUCGCCGCAACCCCAACUACAACAACAACAACAACAACAACAGAACUACUUACCUCAAACAUCUUUGCUGAAAAUCGAACCGUUCGUUCCUAGUUUUAAUCAAAGACUACGCCGGCGUCCUAUUGGUCGCUCCCAUAGCACCUUAAGCCACAAUGUCAUCCCCAAGCGACCCGUGCAGCAGCAACUCCAGCAGCAGCAGCAACUCCAGCAGCAACAACAAUCGGAGUUGCAAGUUGGCCAGCAGCAACAACUCAAGCGGAGCUAUGCCGCCGCUGCCCAAAUCCGCCAGCAGCAGCAGCAACAACAGCAACAGCGCAAUCUACCACGUGGCGUGGGCAUCCAACGGCAGAGAUCGAAGUCCACCUCCUCCUCGGCGGCUUCCAAUAGUUGUCGUCCCGCCACGGCGGCCGUAACUCCAAACACUUUGGUGGGCAGUGCUGGUGGAACGCUGGUCAGUGGAGCCAUCGUCACACCGCAACCAAAUGGCAUCUGCCGGAUUCAGAGAUUGCCCAAGGAACGCGAGGAGUUGCCCGAUCGCAUCAACUACGACAAGAGGGGUUUGACCGCCAUUCCCAUCUUCGAACAGGAACCCAAUCUUCGGCUGCUGUCGCUGCAGCACAACCUGAUCAACACCUUCCACAUACCCAAGGAGCUGCCACCGCCUCCGCCGCCACCGCCAGUGCCAGUGACAGUGCCUCCUCCUCCGAUUUCGACGACGCGGGAGAGCAACAACAAUAAGCUGGGUGACUACAACAACGGCAAUGGAUUAAAGGAAGGAGGACGCUCUGGCCUGCGUGGCCACCAUCCCGGCAGACUCACCCGUGCCAUGACCAAUGCAGGCGGCAAUUCCCAUCGCCUGUCGCCGAAAUCCGGAGGAAGUCCUGGUUCGGGUAGUCCACUGACCACCCAGGCACUGGCCAUCAAUGGAGGAGGAGCCGCCGGGCGCUCCAAGCUCCAAGCCAAAAGGGGCUACAACUAUGGGCAGGCACAGCUGACGCCUCCGCCGGCGCUGCGCAUGCGCUAUGGACUGGAGAAAUCGAAGAGCUUCGUGAGCAGCAGCCUGCAGGCGAUGAAGCACCAGCAACAGCUCAUCCAGAGGCGGGCAUUGCUGAAGGCCACCAGGGGAGUGGCCGGCGGAGCGGCCGGCAAUCUCCUCCAGAGCUGCGACGAGGGCAGUGCCCUGCACAGCAGCAAUCUCUCGCUGUGCGGCGGAUGUGGCGAGGAGGAGGAUUCGCCCAGUGUGAUGACCACCAGUUCCGCGCUGGAGCAGCUGAGCAUCAAGAACAAGCAGUUGAGUUUGAGCGCCAGCUACGGCAGCAUCUUCCAGCAGCUGGUCUUCCUGGAUCUGUACGACAAUCAGAUCGAGAGGAUAGCCAAUCUGGAUGGACUGCCCUCGCUGUCAGUGCUCCUGCUGGGUAAGAACCGGAUCACGGACAUUGGAGGGUUAUCUUCUCUAAAGGAUUCCCUGAGGGUGCUGGAUCUGCAUGGCAACAAGCUCACCAGUUUGGGCAGCCGCAUCAAUUGCCUGCAGCAACUCAAGUCGCUGAAUCUGGCGGGGAAUCAAAUACGUCAGAUAAACCAGCAGGAUUUCCUGGGACUUCGUUGUCUCCGGGAACUGAAUCUCAAAAGGAACAAGCUGCGGCGGAUCAAUGGCUUCCAGCAUUUGGUUUCGCUGGAGCGGCUUUGGCUGUGCCACAACGAACUGCAUCGCGUGGAUGAUAUGGCCAGUAUAGCUCGGGCCAACCGGCUCCUGGAAGUCACCAUCGAAAAUAAUCCUGUCUCCCUCGCAGGAGAUUGUGUAUCCUUCCUGGUUUCGUAUCUGCCACUGCUGCAGACCCUCAGUCAAAUGCCCAUCACGGAGCAAGUGCGUCGGGCGGCUCUGGCCUGGCGCCAGCACAAGGAGCAGGCCCAAGCUGCUCCUGGCAGCUCGGAAGCCUAUCGCAGCAUCCGUCGCGAAGAGGUGAUAUCCAAUGCGAGGACGAACUGGGAGCUACUGCGUUCGCAGCAGACAGUGGCGGGUCGUCCCAAGAGCCGGCUGACCAGCGAGCUGGCCAAGAUCAAUGAGUCCAAUGAGGGUCCAACGGCCGAGGAGGCGGAAACCGAGUCCGAGGAGUCGCAACAGCAGCCCAAGGAACUGAUGGACGAGCUGCAGGCACUGAUCAAACUGCCGCCGAUAGCGAGGAAUUUGAGGAACCCCCUGGUGGAGGAUGACGUCUCCUCGGAGGCCUCCAGCCUGGGACCCAAUGUGGACUCCUGCUCCAGUUGCUACAGCUCCGAUAAUGACGAGGUCGCAGCUAAAAAUAGUAAACCACAAACGACGCAGAUCGAUGAAAACUGCAAUAAAGUGGGUGUGGCAGAGAAGCCACCAGCUUCACCUGUUCCAGCUUCAACUCCAGCUCCAGCCAGUCCAUCUCCUGAGGUGACUAAGGCAGCAGCUCCUCCAGCUGCAGUGGCCUCCUCACCUUCUCCGCCCGCCUUGACCUUGACGCCGCCCGCUGCUCCUGGAACUCCGGUGCCGGGUGGUGCACCCACUCCUCCGGGUGGUGCACCCACCACUGCCACCCUGCCCCUGCCCGCCACUGCAUCCUCGAGCACAAGUCGUCCGGCGAGCAGCAAACAGCGUCCCCGACAUGCGCCCAUCACCCAGCUAGGCUUGCAGAUCAAUCAGCGCGGAGGAGCAGGAGGAGCCUCCUCCAAGCGGUACAUGGCUGGCAGUCUGGUGCGGGCACAAACCGUGAGCAGCAGCACCAGCAACAGCAGCAGUUCCACCAGCACUGGUCGCGGAAAGGCCACCCAAAAUGGCCUGACUUUGGUGGCCACUCAAACAAAGGCGGCAACGAGUGCCACUUCGAACCAAUCCUCUGCAGGAACAGGAGGCGGAGGAGCAGGAGGAUCGGCAACAUCCAGUGGAGCAAGUGCUGCUGCCACGCCCAGUGCCGCCAUCACGGUGUCCAAGCCGAGUGCCGCUGAACGGGAAAGAGAGCAGGGUGGCGAUUACCUGAUCGAGAUUUGUGGCCGCUACCUGAACAUCUAUGGCCAGGGAGCACUCCGUUUCAUCGACAAGCAGUGGAAUCCGGCCAAGGCCAAUGAUGUGCACACCUUGAACUUCAGCUACAUCAACUUCAACAGCAUUGUGUGUGUGCUGGGCAGGAUCAAGCUGCGAUUCCCCCAUGCCGAGCACUACGUUUUCCGGGAGACGAACAUCUCGUGUUUGGGCCAACUCAAUGGACUGGCCGAGCUGCAGGGACUGAGCAGUCUGCUCAUCGAUUCCGAGGGCAAUGGCAUAACGCUGAAGGAAUCCUGGCGAGCCUAUGCCAUCUACAGGCUCUCCCACUGGGGACUGAAACAGCUAAAUGGCCAGGAGGUCAGCGAAGCCGAGGUGGAGGCGGCCAAUGCCAUGUACGUGGGACUCUCCGACCUGGUGCUGUGGUCCAUGCCGGAGGUGAUGCUGCAGCCGCUGUUGGCGCGCCUGCGUCUGGAUGAGACCUGCACGGCCAGCAAGCUGUCGCCCAAGGAGUGGCUCCUGCGGCCGGACAACAAAUCCCUCCGCCUGGUGGUGGGCAAAGAGGCGCUCCAGUGGAAGAAGAAUGCCGGCACAGGAGCUGCCUCCUCCGUGAGCAGCUUGAGCAUCAGUCCAGCAACGGAGGCGGCCGGCACUGCCAUGGCGCCCAGUGCCCGGGAUCGGGGUCGCCAGCACUUUGCCCUGCUGCUGGAGAACACUUGCAACGCCGUGGAGAAGCUGCACAAACUGGAAACCCUGUGGCCCAGCAUGCUGCUCGACAUCGUCCGGAACACGCUCCUCGAUUACGCCCAGUUGGAUGUCUACCUGCGGAAUCUCAUGUGCGAACUGAUGAAGUGAGGUGCGUUUGGUGGUGGUCCCAUGUGAGAAAGAGAAACGAGAACGAGAAUUAGUCGUACUGGCUUUUAGAUAGCGGCGCACAGAUAGA